AUGCUUUUUUUCAGUUUCUUCAAGACCCUCACGAACCAGACAAUUACUGUCGAGCUGAAGAACGAUAUCCGCAUUCGUGGAGUCCUGAAGUCCGUCGACCAAUUUCUCAACAUCAAGCUCGAUGAAGUCGAGGUGUUGGAACUCGACCGAUUCGCUCACUUCUCCUCCGUGAAGACUAUGUUCAUCCGCGGUAGUGUUGUGCGCUACUUAGUGCUGCCAAAGUCGGAGAUUGACGUUGAGUUGUUGGAGGAUGCUACUCGCCGCGAGUACGACAACCCAAGCACCCGUCAGCACUAA